AUGAGUGGGAAUGGCCCUCAUACGGAGGCGCCCAUGUACUUUGAGGUGGAGGUCGGUCACCCGGAGCGGGACGACGAAGAAGAGGAGGACAAGAUCCACUUUGACAAAGAUGAUGACCUGAUUGCUGAGCCUUCAUCGUCUUCUGGUCGGGUGUACGACCGCACCACAGUGCUCAUUGAGCGGGACCCUAUUCGGCUGGAUGAGGAGGGCGAAGAAGAAGGUCACUGUGGAGGGGAUGAAGAUGGAGUAACCUUCUUAACAGAGGGCGAAGGUGAUGGAGACGAGGAGGAGGGCUCUCUGGCUUUUAUGGCUGACCCUGAUGCCAUGUCACAGGGCUAUGUGCAUCACACCAUUUCUGCAGACCAGAUCCAGUUCACAAUAAAUCCAGGCUCCACCCCCAUGCCACGCAACAUAGAGGGGGCCACUCUCACCCUGCACUCUGAGUGCCCAGAGACCAAGCAGAGAGAGGUGAAACGUUACCAGUGCAUGUUUGAGGGCUGCACAAGGACGUACAGUACAGCGGGAAACCUGCGGACACACCAGAAGACUCACCGGGGCGAGUACACAUUUGUGUGUAAUCAGCAGGGCUGUGGAAAGGCCUUCCUGACUUCUUACAGUCUAAAGAUCCAUGUCCGUGUUCACACCAAGGAGAAGCCGUUUGAGUGUGAUGUGCAAGGCUGUGAGAAAGCCUUUAACACGCUAUACAGAUUAAAAGCACACCAGAGACUUCACACAGGCAAGACAUUCAACUGUGAAUCGGAGGGAUGCACAAAGUAUUUUACCACACUCAGCGACCUGAGGAAGCACAUUCGUACACACACUGGGGAGAAGCCGUUCCGGUGUGACCACGAUGGCUGUGGCAAAGCUUUUGCUGCAAGUCAUCACCUAAAAACACAUGUACGGACUCACACAGGGGAGAAGCCAUUCAACUGUCCAAGUGACGGCUGUGAGAAGACUUUUAGCAGCCAGUACAGUCUGAAGAGUCACAUCCGGGGCCACGACAAAGGACAGUCCUUCAGCGUCACCCUCACCCACCCACUCUCUGAAGAUGCAAAUCACUCACUGUGCCUCAGUGACUUGAGCCUCAUCUCUACAGACUCAGAGCUACGAGAGAACAUUCAUAAUGCUCAAAAUUUGGACCUCAACAAUGUAACCCCAGUGAAAAUCUUUGAGCUCAUGUUCCAGAGUCCUGAAAACAGUGUCAGUCAAGAUGAUGCCCAUCACAACGAGAGCCUUGCUGAAUCCUUCAGCCUAGAGACCUCUACCCAACCGGGAGUGACUGAUGCCUCAUCUCUCAUCUCUUUCUCUAUCAAUCCUACCUCCUCAUCUUCCUGUUCUCACACAACUUCAGUUAUGGAGGCUUCUUCCCAGCUCAGUCAGAGUUCUUCCUCUCAGGCCUCCACCUCUGCCUCUGUCACUGCUACUGUCAGCUCCACACAGCCUCCCUCUUUCAUGCAACUAACUGGGCCUCAGCAGAUCUCCAAUGCGCCUGCUCAGGCUUCUGUCCAGGCACCAAACCACGCCCCCUCCCAGCACUACGUGGCACUGCCACCUCCGUUCCUGCAGCCGGACGGUGCCACCCAGACCACUCCUCUACCACCACCCAUCUCUGCUCCUCCUCCAGUGUCUCCAGCACUGACCACCACAGCACCAGGCACUGCCGCUGUGUCUGUCGUUGCAGCCACAACAACAGAUGCUCUGGCAGCUGUGGCUCAACCUGUGCCUUUGGCCACCAACCCUGCCCCCAACUCUGCACCUGGUUUGGCUCCCACCCCCACCACCAUCACCAUAGCACCAACCCAGAACCUGCUGCAGCCCAGCUUGGUCAUGUCUGACCAGAACCUCCAGUGGAUCCUCAGCAGCGCUGCCAGCAGCCAGCAGAACCCAGAGCAAGCCUCACAUCAAGGAGCUCCAAAAGUGGAAAAGGUUUUCUUCACUACAGCCAUACCAGUUGGAGGAAAUGCUGGCAACUCAGUCCAACAGAUCGGCCUCAGCCUGCCAGUCAUCAUCAUCAAACAGGAGGAAUCCUGCCAGUGCCAGUGCGCCUGCAGGGACUCUGCUAAAGACAAGAGUUCAAAGAGUGCCUCCUCCAUCAUUUCAGCCCCAGCACAGCAGCAAACGUCAGAGCCCCCUCCUCCCACACUGUCACAGCCCCCAGAGCCACCCCACCAUCCAGCCACCUCAUCUUCCUCAUGUUGCCCCCCUGAGUCUUCCUCCAAGGUGGGUGAGGUGAGCAUGGAGGCCCCCUCUUCUUCCUCCACCUCAGCUCAGACUUUCUCCUCGAUAGUGAGCAGCACUGCCGCUACUAACCCUCCUUCAUCUGACGGGUUAGCCAAUAUGGAUGUCUCGGACUUCCUCUCCCUGCAGAGCCCCGAGACGGCUGCCAACAUUGAGGCUCUGCUGCUGGUCGCGGAUGACUUCAACAUGGCCACUGAUGGCAAUCCUUAGAAGAGCUGCCUUCUGAGUCUGGCACCAUGUGUUCGUCUGUUGCACCCACUCAUCCACAGGCAUCGAUUCCACCCACAUCUCGAGUCACUCUGCUCGGCGGCGCCUCGUCUUUCUCCCUAUAUAGUGUGUGCUUUGAACCCCCUGUACCUGCAGUGCACUCUGUUCUGUAUGGCAUUGUGCAACAUAUAUACACAAACUAUGAAUACUUUCUCUGUUGAGACUCAUUGCAGUAGUUGAGUUUUUAGAAACAGGAUUAGUUUGCUUAUUGAGAUUUAGCAACGUUAAUGCUAAUUAAUGCAGGGAAAGGGCAGCAAAUCCUUUGUUAAAAACAUAAUCAAACUGUAUAUAAUAACCUUUGAUCUCCACUCUGAUUUGAAAGAAACAAGUGAGUGUUGUCCAAGCACUGAUAACUUAAGAGUUCCUUUUUCCUGGCUUGAAGGUCACAAACCUGAGCAGGAAAGCAAACCUUGUCUGUAUAUCCUUGUACUGUACUACAGGUCCUAACAAAUGCUUAAAGCUGGUAUGCAACUGACCAGAAUGCACUGUAUAUUAGAGGAAUUUGCUAUAAAUUUAUCAAGCAUUGCUCCCAGCAGGAAUUUGAAGGGGUUGGCCACAGAGCCUCCCCCCCAAUAUGGCUGUCAUACAAGAUGAAGUGAUUUCCUCAGUAUUUUUUUUUUCUAGGAAGAGUAGUGUAGUCCAGAAAAUGUGAUGAUUCUUUUCUACUUCUUUUGACAGUUAUUUACUAAUUGAGUGUAGAACCUGUGAUCUGAUCUGCCUAUCUCUUUACGUGAAAUUAAGUCAACACAUCAAUAAGUUGCCUAUAACUUAAACUAAUUUAAAAUUGUACAUGUUAAUUUAUUUAAAUGCUUGAUUCUUUCAUUAUACAGGUAAUACUGUUACCUUCAAGAGAGCAGAAAAAUCUAUUAUUAAUUUAUUCCGAUCACUUGUUGUAUUUUUAAGUUGAGCUGUUUUUGUUACUGAAUUGCUUUCCUUUCUAAGAACGUCAUGGGUAUUGCUCAAAGAAAGUUUGAGAAAAGAGGCACCUAUAGUAGACUGCACAGUGAAGCAAAUUAUCCUCUAGGAUCUGCUUGUUUGCAAAAAUUGUCCACAAUGAAAAAGUAUAAAGAACUACUGUCAACAUCCCAUGUUUUAUAGGGUUGUGACCCUCUCAGGGAUGCAUCAAGUCAUAACUGAUCCUGGUUCCCUUAAUUUGUUACUCAGACAUCUGUUUUCCUUACCCAGUGCCCCAUACUUGCAGUAGCCCUAAGUUUUGCUGCACUCUUCCCUGUUUAUUGCACACUAACCUGUAAAGUGAGUAAUCUGACAGCUCGUUAGCUGAGGUGCAGCACCACUACAGACUUUUUGUAUACAACUGCUGUAAAGUAGCAUUUAAAAGAUGGUGUCCUGGCGACAGUGUAUAUACAGUACAUUUUAGUGUAAACAUCUUUGAGAAACUUGUAGAUUAUUCUAGAAUUUGUAUUUUUGUAUAGACUUUUGAAUUACUAACUCUCAGAGUUUGGAGCUGAUGUAUAUCAUCUAUCCUUGCAUUCUUCCCCCAGUCACAUUCAUGCAGAAUAGUUUGGGUUUUUGCUGUGUUUAGUUGAGUAGAUCUACAAGCAGCUGGGCUUCUGUACAGUCCUUAUAGUACAAAAAAAAUAUAUGUAACUCAUAGCCCCCUGCUCAGAGUAUAAUUUAACAGUAUUCUUUCACAUGGGACACAAUGCAAUGAUGAUAGAGCGAAGGCAUUAUGCCCUGUAUACUAGAGUGUAGAGCUACUUGGCCUUACAACAUUAACUGUUCUAUGAGCCUCCUUGCCUUGACAUUCUCUGCUACAGACUUGCUACAGACUUACUACAGACUUGCCGCUGACAUGCCGACACACUCAUCUUCAGAGUCUCAGGCAAUCACUUCCGGCAGGAGAUCACACUGAGGCAAAAUCACUUCACAGAAAAGCUUGAUUUGUAUUGUUUUCCAGCUGUAGUGUUUGGAAAGUGAAGAAUGGAUAUGCAGCAUUUUUAAAACAUAUAUACGCAUAUAUAUAAAAUCAGCUACAUAACAGAUGCAGGUGAUGUGAUUCUGCAUUUUAGUUCCAGGUUAUAGGAUCAAAACUGAUGUGUCAUUUAUACCUUUUUUUUUGUUUGUUUGUUUUUUUUGGCUGUAAUUUGCAGGAGUGGCGCUUUCCCAUGAUUCACAGGUGCCAAGUUUGCAGUUAGAUAUGUUGUUAAAAGCUCCAGUCACAUUUUGUGCUCAAAACCAUUCCUCAUAUGCAGUAUUCGAUAUCAGGAGUGUCUAAAUCUGAUGUUUGCUCCACUGGAUUGCAUUUCCCUGUCAAGGCAUUCGGUGAAAUUACUGCCAGGAGUCAAGCUCAUACCAUCAUCAGUACACAUUCUCAUACACACAUACUAUCAAUGAACACAACUAUGCAAUUUUAAGUGUGGCAUUCGCAAGUUUAAACACUGACUCCAAGACAAAAAUGUUAUUUAUUCCUCCCUCCAUGGCACGGUAUUCUGCUGAAACCUUAUAUGCAGAACUCCAGUGGCAAAGUUGCCUUUCCAGUGCACACAUAUUAAGCAUGCCUCUUGAACUCCAGUACAUUGCAUUUCAUAUUACACAUUUGGAGUGGUGUGAAUCUGGAUUUUGUUAUGUGUCCAAGUACUGUUCCCAUGAAUGUUGCACCACAGCUGUCCCUUUUAUGUGCUAUUUUGCCUCUGAGGUAACUGGUUUAAAACCAACUGGAUUUAUUUGAAGGAGUACGAUUCUGUUUUAAGAAUUAUUUUUUGGUCAAAUGUAAGCAGCUUUUCCUUGUGUUUUUACACUUUAUGGGUACAUGUUUCAUUUGGGCUCACUUCAGUUAUGUAAUCAUCUCAGCCUUUCACAUAUUUAAAUUUUGAGUUGUGGAUAAUUUGUUGGCUCAUUUUCACCAGUGAAAGUCAAACUCCACACGGCUGACAAAUACCUAAAAUGUUAACGUCAGCAAAUCACAGAUGGUGACAUUUGUUUGGAAGCAGAUUGUUUGCAGAUGUGUAGCCAGAGAGUUUUUUGGAAAUUGAGAUCCAGAAUUUCUGCCGUCUCCAACAUUUUUCCAAAUGGGCAAUAUUUAAGAGAUGGAGAGGAAACUAGAUGCUUCCAAAGGAAUGUCGUGACACCCAAAGAGUGAGGAAUUGUUAAGGAUUUGUAUUUUUUAAAAAGAAUGUAUAAUGUGAAAAUGUUUGCUUUUGCUUGUUUCCUAUAAAGUAAUAUGAUAAAUAACUUUCUGAAUUGAGAGCAAUAUAAUACUAAUAAAACCUUAUCCUUGUCACUGAA